AUGGCGUCCUCCCAGCAGGACGAAGACACGAGCGUUUUCGAAGCCGCGCUGUCGUUCGUGGACGAGUUCGAGUUUGACACUAUUAAAAAUGACGCCACUGCCUCGGUGAACGUCUCUUGCCCUCAACUACACCAGGAAGUAACAUCAACGCCCAGUCAUACACUAACCAUUGCUGUUGGAGCGAAACCUCCUCCCUCGCUGUCCAGAGAAGAGACACGCCGCCUGCGUGCCGAGAAAAAGCGAAUGCUGCGCAAAGCUGGUAUAUACAGCGACCCGAAUCGCGCACGUAACGAGCACACUAGAGAAAUCGCGUUCCUGCGCGAGCAGCUGGAGAAGCUGCAGCUCGACCUGCAUGUUUUACAGAAGACCAAGAAGAACGGGCUGAUUGCACAGUACCCUGUUACACAGAGACCGAGUUUAUGGCAGGAGCAGGCCAGGAGACAGCGAUGCAGAAGAGAGCAAGCAGAGUGCGAUAAUGUGAGGCUUAAGCUGGCUGUGGAGCGACAAAAGAAAGUGGCAGACAGUCUCGGGCUGCUGGUGCGCAAGAGGACACGGCAAUUGAAUAAUGAGUGCGCAGCGCUGAUUAACCAGUGUUGCAAUGAGCGGCCGAUCAUCGGUGUGUCGUAUUUUUGUGGAGACGUGGAAGACUUUCGGGAACUGUUUUGCCGUUUGGAUGGGGCAUAUCACGACCUGGACGCCAUCUUUAUGGCGAAUGGUCUAACAAAUAGAAGUGUUUCGAUUCCGGAUGUUCAGCUGCGUGAAGGUGUUGACGGGAAGUACCUCGAGUUCUUCACGUAUAAAGAUCUGCCGUUUGGAUUGCAAGACACAGCACAAGCUUCGUGGGAUUAUUUCAAGGGGGCAGAGAAACACAUGGCGUACGGUAACUUGUACGAGAAAUCGGCGAAGAACCUUGACGACCCGUACACAAUUAUCGAGGAGUUUACCAAGGAAGUGUAUUCUAACAGCUCUAAAGCAGACGUGAAGAUGCACCAGGUAGUGCGGCGCUACGCUGAAGAAGAACGCGACAUUGUGAUCCGCGUAUCGCACGCUGCACCAAUUGAGGUCAGGAACAAAAUGCUCCGAGGACUGACGCAUAAUGUUCGGGGUUUUGCUGUAACAAAGCGCUCUCCUGCUUCCACAUCGAGUCGUGUGUUGACUCAACUACAACUGUGUACGCAAAUUGCAUUGGAGCUGAAGGAAGGCGCAACAUGCAACCAAAAGAACAUAGUAACUUACUACAGUACGGUAAUCAGUCCAGGUACCGCACCACUACACAUUCACCGCUUUUCAGAUUUCCGCGCGCAACCUUGGAGACGAUGUGUACGACUCGCAACUUGCGAGUCGCAAGCUCAAGCCAUCGUGCAUGGCUUCAGCACUGCUGAAGUGCUUGGCCAGAUGACCCAGAUCACCAUCACCCAAGUGCUUAAUAGCGAUUACUCGCUGAACGAGGACUCGAUCAACGGCAAGUGGGGCUGGAAUGCAACGGAGUGGCGUGCCAUCGUCACCCGCAUCCAAGAGAUAACGAUGGAGGAGAAUGGCGGCCACCCCAUGGUCUACGGCCUUGACUCGGUGCACGGUGCCAAUUACGUCGCAGGUUCUGUUCUGUUCGGCCAGGAGAUCAACAGUGAAGCAAGUUUCAACCCCGACUUAGUCUACCAAGCGGGCAGGAUCACUGGUCGCGACACGGAGGCGGCUGGGAUUCCGUGGGUGUUUGGUCCUAUCCUCGAUCUCUCGCAGAACCCACUGUGGGCUCGCACCUACGAGACGUUCGGUGAAGACCCGUACUUGAGCUCAGUCAUGGGUGACGCUAUCAUCCGAGGGCUACAGAGUAACAACCAGACAGCGGCCUGCAUAAAACAUUUCGUGGGUUACUCCAAGACCCCAACCGGACAUGACCGCGAUGGUGUAACCAUGGCGGAUUUCGACUUGCUCAACUACUUCACUCAGCCCUUUCAAGCUGGGAUUUCAGCUGGUGCGCUGUCAAUUAUGGAGAAUUACAUCUCCAUCAACGGUAUCCCAGUAGUCGCGAACACCAAGAUCCUCGAGGAUCUCGUUCGUAAUGACCUCAACUAUGAUGGUGUGGUAGUCACGGACUGGGCCGAGAUCAACAACCUGAAAGAUUGGCAUCGUGUAGUGGACACUUACGAAGAAGCCGUGCGUCUGUCGCUCACUCGUACCGCUCUCGAUAUGAGUAUGGUGCCCUACGACACUGAGUUCAUCACCCACGCAACCGAAAUGUUAAACAGUUUUCCCGAAUACGAAGGUCGGUUGCGUGAAUCGGCCAAACGAGUGAUUAAGAUGAAACUCAAGCUCGGCUUGUACGAGACUCCAGUGCCUGGUGCCAACAAUGAAUUCCUGGUUGGUAACGACAAUGACAAGGCAGUGGCGCUGGAGUUGGCACGGGAAUCGAUCGUGUUGCUCAAGAAUGACAACAACGUCCUACCUUUGGCUAACGGAUCAUCGGUGUUCCUUACGGGCCACUCCGCUGACAACGUCGGAUACCAGUGUGGUGGAUGGAGCAUUGCAUGGCAGGGAUACUCCGGUAACGACAUGUACCCGAACGGUAUCUCGGUGCGUCAGGGGUUUGAGAACCUGGUAGGCAAUAAUUCGUUUACCUACUUUAACGGACUGAACGCUGACGGCUCCUACUCGGACGCUGACUUCGCCACCGCUGUGAACCUCGCAAGCCAACACGAGUACACUAUUGCAGUUAUUGGCGAGGCUACGUGUGCUGAGAAGUCCGGAGACAUUGACGAUCUUGAUCUCCCUGCCGGUCAAAUCGCGUACGUGCAGGCUCUUGCUGCUACGGGCACCAAAGUCAUUCUUGUUCUGUUCGAGGGACGGCCACGUCUACUUGGCUCGCUACCGGACACAGCGAAUGCUGUUAUUCACGAUUUGCUUGCUUGCGAGCUCGGGGGACAAGCUUUGGCGGAGAUUGUGUACGGGAAAGUGAACCCUAGUGGACGUCUGCCACUUACAUACCCUAAGGACUCGGCCAACGUGAUGAUCCCGUACAACCACAGAGUCACCACGAAGUGCGUUGACCAUGUCGGACCUGAUGAUUCUCUGACAGCGUCCGUAUUCGUAACCAACUCGGGCCCAGUCGCUGGUAAGGAGACGGUGAUGCUGUUCGUGAUCCAGCCGUACCGCUUGAUCUCCGUGCCGGAAGUCAAGAUGCUACGAAAGUUUAAGAAGAUCAGCCUUGAGCCUGGCAUUACUGAAGAGGUCACCUUCACCCUCACGGCCGAUGACUGGAGCGUCUACGAUCCUCCGAUCGGCAGCGGCUUCAACCAGGUUGCCGAAGACGGCACAUUCGUUGUGGCGAUCAAGCCUGAGACCGAUUGCGACGUGUACAACACGAUCACAAACGAACUCUGCGCGCACUUCACGCUGGACACGGGGAGUCUCAACUUUGGCAUCAACGGCACAACCUCACGUCGCCGUUAA